CUUUUUUUUAAACAUAUAUUAAAAUCUUGCAAUUACCCUCUUUCAGUGUUGGUAGUAUUAGGCAGUCUAGGCCUACUUGACAUUCAUUCAAUUGUAAAAUAUGUUGCUUGAGGGCCUAGUUGUCAUGGUAGCCACCAAGCGGCGCUUGUGACUUGUUCAACCCCUCCCGCCCAGGGUAGGCGGCGGCGCACUUCAACUCACGGUGCCGCUAUUGCUGAAAAUGUCCAUAGAGGAUCGAGUUACACCGCGGCCCAUUUUUAAGCCAGUCGAUGCGCCGUUAGCCGGAGGACAGCAGGGUAGGAUAGGCUACGUCCCGUUUCGAGAUUCGGAAGGCAAGGAGCUGCUUCCAACUUACAUGUCUUCAUUAAGGAGUAAUCACUGACAGAGGCCCUCAUCAUUAGCAACCAGAGCACCAUAAAGAUGAUCGAAACCAUGGAUACCCAGCGUGCCUUGCAGGCGGUGGAGCGUCUCCAGGCCAAGCUGAAGGAGAGGGGGGAGGUGCCCAUCGAGGAGAAGCUGGGCCUGCUCAAGUCCGUCCUGCAGAGCCCCCUCUUCCACCAGAUCCUCGCCCUGCAGAAGUCCGUGCAGCACAUCAAAGACCAGCAGGGGAUUGUACUCCCGGCCCUCAACUCCGACUUCGGCGAGACCUAUGGCCUGGCCCAGCAGAAUGGCGGCCAUUUUGGACAGGACGGCUCACAGGUUAAUGGGAAACCCUCCCAUGAUGAAUUUGAGCACAUCAUCCGCUCCAUGGCUCAGGGUCGGUACGUGACCUCCAUUGACCUGCUGAAGCCGCUGUCUGGGGGGCUCGGCUUCAGCGUGGUGGGGCUGCGCAGCGAGAACCGUGGGGAGCUGGGCAUCUUCGUGCAGGAGAUCCAGCUGGGCAGCAUUGCACACGGUGAUGGUACGCUGAAGGAGGCGGAUCAGAUCCUGGCCAUCAACGGGCGCCCUCUGGACCAGAGCGUGACCCACCAGCAGGCCAUCGGGCUGCUGCAGUGUGCGGUGGACAGGGUGCAGAUGGUGGUGGCCCGCGGGCCCAUCCCUCAGCUGUCCAGUCCGGUGGUGUCACGCACACCGUCUGCGGCCAGCACACUGUCUGCACAUUCCAGUGCCACCCACUGGACCCACGUGGAGACUAUUGAGUUGGUGAAUGACGGAACAGGGCUGGGCUUCGGCAUCGUGGGGGGCAAGACCACCGGUGUGAUCGUCAAAACCAUCCUCCCCGGGGGUAUCGCUGAUCAGGAUGGCCGUCUGCACAGCGGGGACCACAUCCUGAAGAUCGGGGACACGGACCUGUACGGGAUGGGAAGCGAGCAGGUGGCCCAGGUGCUGCGGCAGUGUGGGAACCGCGUCAAGCUGGUCAUCACCCGGGGCAACAUGGACGACGCCUCCACCACAGCGCCCCCUCCAGGCCUGGAGACUGUCGCCGAGCAACAGGGCUAUGAGGAAGAGGAGGCGGCGAAAGACGCGUUUGACGUGAGCUUGACAAAGAACGCCCAAGGCCUUGGUAUCACCAUCGCCGGCUACGUGGGGGACAAGAACUCAGAGCCUUCUGGUAUUUUUGUCAAGAGCAUAACGAAAGACAGCGCGGUGGAGCAAGAUGGUAGAAUCCACGUAGGAGACCAGAUCAUCGCGGUGGAUGGCGUGAACAUCCAGGGCUACACCAACCAGCAGGCCGUGGAGGUGCUGAGGCACACGGGCCAGACCGUGCACCUGAAGCUGGUCCGCCGCGGCUUCCAGCCCGAGGAGUUCCCCGCUGCCGUCACCGCGCCCACGCCCCCUCCCCCUCCCCUGGUCACCGUGGAGACCAAACCCCCUCCGCCACCCCCACCACCCAGGGACAUCCCCAUGGAGACGGAGAGGGAGACGGAGAGGGAGAGGCCUGUCGCCCCCGCAGAGGCUAAACCAGCUAAGGCCAACGAAGAGAAGUCGUACUCGGCUCUGGGUGAGUUCUCCAGCCAUGCGGUGACGGAGGCCAUUGACAUUGAGGUGAAGGAGGGAAUAAAACUAACUGCUGAGGAAGAGGAGGUGUUGAUGAAGAAGUGGCAGGCCGCUCUUGGGCCCAGCAAUGAAGUGAUAGUGGCCCAGGUGGAGAAGUUCAGUGAGAGCAGUGGUCUGGGGAUCAGUCUGGAGGCGAGUGGGGGUCACCACUACAUCCGCUCCGUGCUGCCAGAGGGACCCGUGGGGCGCUGCGGCAAGCUGUACAGCGGAGACGAGCUGCUCGAGGUCAAUGGGAUCCCUCUUAUCGGCGAGACCCACAAGGAGGUGGUGAGCAUCCUCAAGGAGCUGCCCGUCUUUGUCUACAUGGCCUGCUGUCGGCCCGCCCCCCUGCUGCCGACGGACAGGGAUGUCGGCCAAUCAAGGCUGGAGGAGGUCGUCGCGGAGUCCACCACGCAGGUGUGUGCCGAGUCGGAGGACUUCCUGGCUCCGGGCGAAUCAGGAAAGGGCGCCGCGAGGGACAGUGUGACGGAGGAGACGCUGGGCUCCUCCCUGGCCAUGUGGGAGACGGAGGUGCAGGACAUCGAGCUGGAGAAAGGAGAGGCGGGCCUGGGCUUCAGCAUCCUGGACUACCAGGACCCCGUGGACCCGGCCAAGACGGUGAUCGUCAUUCGCUCCCUGGUCCCCGACGGCGUGGCUGAGCUGGACGGCCGGCUGCUUCCUGGAGACCGUCUAAUGUUCGUCAACGCCACCGACCUGGAGAACGCCAGCCUGGAGGACGCCGUACAGGCCCUCAAGGGAGCCGGCAUGGGCAAGGUCCACAUCGGGGUGUCCAAACCUCUGCCUACAGAGGAUGAGGACGGUGGGCCUUCGUCCCAAGACCUGUCUCUCAUCUUCACCAGUCUGGUGUUGAAAGGAAAGGACGAGCCGGAGCCCACGGACGGCCUUCUAUUCCGGGCCGAACCGGCUUUGAUUGACGCCAACGACUCUGAAUUGACGGACGAGAAGUUGUUUGAGCGACACUUCCCCGACGAGGAAGUAGAUGCCUUCCAGGCCUCCAUGAUUGCUCUCCACGGAAGUACGUGCAGCUCUGACCUGGAUUACUCGUUGACCAUGCAAACCUCCACACCCCAGCGGAGCGGGCGUCUGGAGGCGUUCACCGAUUACUCCUUUUUGGCACCGUCUGGUACGGUGGACCCCUGCAACACCCAGCCCUUCUCCCCAGAGGAGGUGCCCCAGCUCUUCUCUCCGUCCCGAGCGGAGAGCAGGGUCCUGGGCCAGGGGCUGCCUGGGACCAGCCUGUUUGCGGAGCUCCAGCAAACCCAAAUGGAGUCGUUGGCGUCAGCGGUGGGAUUUUCAGCGGAGUCGAGCGCUAAAGUGGAGUCCGAUGAGUUGGCGCACAUGCAGCUGGACUUGAACUUGCGUGACCUUGGGUCUGGAUUGGUCCAGAACUCGUAUCUCACCGACAGUCAUGAGUUUGGAGAGGACGUGCGCCCACUCGUAGAGGAAGUGGAGUCUCUUCCAGUCACCAUUGGGAGCAACUUUGAGAGGACGAUCACUGUUGUCAAGGGCAACUCUAGUCUAGGUAUGACGGUGAGCGCGGUAAAGGACGGGUUCGGGAUGAUCGUCCGCAGCAUCAUCCACGGCGGCUCCAUCAGCCGGGACGGGCGGCUGGGCGUGGGCGACCUCAUCCUGGCCAUCAACGACGAGGCCACGGCCGACCUGAGCAGUGCCCAGGCCCGCGCCAUGCUGCGCCGCCACUCCCUCAUCGGGCCAGACAUGGGAUCUUCAGUCGCCGCCGAGGAAGAUUCAUGCCCCUUUUAUGUUUUCACGUAUGUACCAGCUGAGUACCUGGAUGAGUACAAGGCCAGUCUGCUGGAGAAAGAUGGAGGGUUUACCAUCAACACAUCAGAGGCUCCGCGGAGAGAAAUGUCGGAGCUUCCCGAGAGGGAGGAAGGGGAGGGGGAGGAGAGCGAACUCCAGAGUGCUGCCUACAGCAACUGGAACCAGCCCAGGAAAGUGGAGCUGCAUCGAGAGCCUGGCAAGUCUCUGGGCAUCAGCAUCGUGGGCGGCCGGGGCAUGGGCAGUCGCCUUAGCAACGGGGAGGUGAUGAGGGGCAUCUUCAUUAAGCACGUCCUGGAGGACAGCCCUGCUGGACGCAACGGCACCCUCAAGACAGGGGACAGGGUUGUGGAGGUGGAUGGGGUUGACCUGAGAGAUGCCAGUCAUGAGCAGGCAGUGGAGGCCAUUCGCAAGGGAGGAAAUCCUGUGGUCUUCCUGGUCCAGAGCAUCGUCCACCGGCCUCGGAAGCCGCUGCUGCCCUUUCUGCAGGUUAGCGCCCCCUCUGGGCCAAACGCACACUGCACUAACCUCCCCUGCAGCUUCCUGCCCCUGCUGCAACAGAACGCACACAGCACUAACCUCCCCUGCAGCUUCCUGCCCCUGCUGCAACAGUCAUCGACAACCGACCACGUAGAGGAGAGAUCAUCACCCACAGCCAGACUCGACAGUGACAAGGAGGCUGAGAGUCAGAGUAGACUUCUCCUCCGCCUCUCCCCAACUAACCCUUUCACUCCUACACCCUUUAAGGCUCAGAACCGGGAGAAGAGUUCCCCCACUGCCCUUCUGCUGCCCCUGCCCGUGGUGCCCCACGUGGGGGAGACGGACACGGACACGCUGACCGAGAUCCCCGACCGGCUGGACUCGGAGGAGGACGAGUUCGGCUACAGCUGGAAGAAGAUGAGCCAGCGCUACGGCAGUCUCCCCGGUGUGCUGCACAUGAUUGAGCUGGAGAAGGGCAAGAUGGGUUUGGGCCUGAGCCUGGCGGGGAACCGCGACCGCUCCCGGAUGAGCGUGUUUGUGGUGGGCAUCGACCCCAGCGGGGCGGCGGGACGAGACGGGCGUCUGCUGGUGGGGGACGAGCUGCUGGAGAUAAAUGGGCAGAUUCUAUACGGUCGCAGCCAUCAGAACGCCUCCUCAAUCAUCAAAGGUGCCCCAUCCAAGGUCAAGAUCGUCUUCAUCAGGAACAUGGAAGCGCUGAGCCAGAUGGCCGUGGGACCUGUCAAGGAGUUUGGAGAUGCUCCGGAUCCCAGCACUAAGGACUCAGGAGCUGCUGCCAUCACCCCCCCAGCGACAGACGCCGACAUGUUCAAGUAUGUUCAGCACAUCGUCCUGCCCAAGGAUGAAGGUGGAGUGGGCCUGUCCUUCAGUAAAGAAGAGGACACCAUGGGCGGAGUGCUGAUCCUCAGCAUACCGGAGUCUGGGCCUGCAGCACACGAGGGCUCCAUAAGAGUUGGUGACAGACUCCUCGCCAUUGAUGACGAGGUGGUCGCAGGAUACACUGUGGACAAGGUGUCGUCGUUGCUAGGGAAAGCCAAGGGCCCUGUGAAACUGACCAUAGGCUCUCAGGAACCCGCCGCUCUCUCCUCCUCCUCCACCAAUGAGAGCAGAGUGUCUGACGGCGUCCUCAAUGCCCCAGCCACUGUGCCUCAGCCAACCAUGGGCCUGCCCGAGUCGGAGCCAAUCAGAAGCUCAAGCAGGUCGUCCACUCCGGCCACGCUGGUGUCCGACCCCAUCACCUGUCCCAUCAUCCCCGGCUGCGAGACCACCAUAGAGAUCUCAAAAGGACGCACGGGACUGGGCCUCAGCAUCGUCGGGGGCUGUGACACUCUCCUGGGUGCCAUCAUCAUCCAUGAGGUCUACGAGGAGGGGGCGGCCUCCAAGGACGGCCGACUGUGGGCUGGGGACCAGAUCCUGGAGGUGAAUGGUAUAGACCUGCGCAUGGCGACUCAUGACGAGGCGAUAAACGUGCUGCGUCAGACCCCUCAGCGGGUGCGUCUGAGCGUGUACCGGGACGAGGGCCAGUACAAGGAAGACGAGCUGUGGGACGUCUUCACCGUGGAGCUCCAGAAGAAGCCAGGACAGGGCCUGGGCCUCAGCAUCGUGGGCAGGAGGAAUGACACAGGGGUGUUCGUGUCGGACAUAGUGAGGGGGGGUCUGGUGGAGUCGGACGGGAGGCUGAUGCAGGGCGAUCAGAUCCUGUCUGUGAACGGGGAGGACGUGCGCACUGCCACACAGGAAGCCGUGGCUGCACUGCUCAAGUGCUGUUUGGGCCCCAUCUCUAUAGAGGUGGGUCGCUUCAAGGCUGGACCCUUCCACUCCGAGAGAAGACUCUCACAGAACAGCCAGCUAAGUGAAUCAGGCAACUACAAGGUGGGCCCUCACUCACGGUUGGGCAGCCUUCAAGGUGAUUACGACAACACACGCAGAAGUCACGAAUCGUUGGAUCAACAGGAUGUCAGAACUGUUGAACUCACAAAGGGUCCAACAGACUCUCUGGGCAUCAGUAUAGCGGGAGGAGUGGGCAGUCCUCUGGGCGAUGUGCCCAUCUUCAUUGCCAUGAUGAACCCCACAGGACUGGCUGCCCAGACACAGAGACUAAGAAUGGGGGACAGAAUUGUGAGCAUCUGUGGGACUACAACAGAGGGCAUGUCACACAGCCAGGCUGUCAGUCUGCUCAAGAAUGCAAGCGGGCCCAUUGAGCUGCAGGUGGUAGCUGGUGACACCACCGUGACCAGUCCUACUCCGGAGCAGGCAGCUGCUGGUCUCGCUGUGUCGGGCCUCACGGCCAGCAGCAUCUUCCAUGAUGACCUUGGUUUUUUUUGCGUUCUCACAUGCAGCCUCUCCAGACCCCCCCAGUAUAAGAGCAUCACUCUGGAGAGAGGGCCGGACGGACUGGGCUUCAGCAUCGUGGGGGGGUUCGGCAGCCCCCACGGAGACCUGCCCAUCUACGUCAAAACCGUCUUCGGAAAGGGUGCGGCAGCAGAGGACGGGCGUCUGAAGCGAGGCGAUCAGAUAAUGGCGGUUAACGGACAAAGUCUGGAGGGAGUCACUCACGAGGAGGCCGUGGCCAUACUCAAGAGGACCAAAGGAACAGUCACACUUACCGUGCUCUCAUAGUCACACACACACACACACACACACACACACACACACACACACACAGACACACCUCUCGUAAUACAGUUUUAGAAACACACACACACACCUCAUAAUACAGUUUUAGAAACACACACACACAGUUGCAUUAAUUAACUGUGCAGUCUUAGACACAAACAGUAUAACUCAAUAUACCGUAAUAAACAGACAAACACACACACACAAACUCACUGUGACAAUAUACGACCCACACACAGACUCUUCUUCACGCAGUUUGCUGUCAAGGAGAAUCACAUAUAUACAUAGACAUAACCACUGUGAUUUUGUAGACAAACACACCAGUGCACGUGCACGUGCACACACACACACACACACACACACACACACACACACACACACACACACACACAAGUUUACACUGUGAAGGUGAGAGUUCACAUGUACACAUUCAGUGUUGGUAACACACACACAAAGCCAUAAAUAUCUUGAUUUAUUUAGACAGGGGGGAUAAGCACACCUAGAAUAGGCUUGAUUUAUCUCAAAGUGUGUGUGUACAGGUGUGUGAGUGUGUCAUCACACAUGUUGGUCGACAAGCACAUACACACACACACCCACACAUGCCAUGCAUGCAGAGGAAACACUCCCUCUGAAAACACACACACACACCCAGACACACACAAACACACACACACACAAACUACAUCUGUCAAUGUGUAUUGUGUAACGUGUAGAAUUUGUAUUUUUAGCUAUGAGUCACUUUCCCCCGAACCUCCUAUCUCAACAGAGAGAUUCCUCUGAAAGCACUGGAACUAAAGCCGCCCAGACUACUCACAUCUGCGCGCGCACACACACACACACACAAAACACACACACACGAAUCACAAUUCAAUCGUAUAACCGAGUCACACAAACUCUUAGAAACAAUCACGUGGCUUUACCUAAGCCGUAUCAUCAUCAUCAUCAUCAUCAUCAUCAUGUCAUUCUAUGUAAAGGACCAAUAAUUCUACACUCCAAUUCUACACUCCAUGAGCAGCAGACGGGCCCAGAACAGGCCAAGAACCGGCCCAGACCCGAGUUUACUUUAUUAUUGUAUUAUAUUCAGUCCAACUGCACUACGGCCUGCUGCUGCUGCUGCCGUGACCCCGUAUAUCACCCCAUGUGUCACUGUUUAUUAUUCCCCCCUUGUGUUUGUAGAAUAUACAGCUCAUAAGGCUAACUUGUAAACGCUGUCUUAUGCUGUUAUUUCCUAUAUGGAAGAGUCUGAAAUUGGACACACUGUUACAGGCUAACCCGUGAGAAUAUUUGGGCAGUUAAAACUGUAAGCUCCACAUGGAGGUAUCUAAUAACCAUGUCAGCCAAUGACAAUCCUGGAUUCGUGGAGAUCAUCAAGCACAUAUUUGACUGAAUCACUGCUGAUUUUUUUAAAGAAUGUACACAAACGGUUACUGAAGAAGUGUUUUCCCCAAGCUAUCCCUUGAGUUGUUUUGAUGUCUUUGUGGACAUGAGUGUUAUAACAUGAAGUACACACACUCCGAGAAGUACACACACUCCGAGAAGUACAAACACUCCACUAAGACGGAGUAAGAGAACAAGAGAAGUGUAGUUGCUGCUUUAGACUACUGUAAAAAAAAAGAAGAAAAAAGGAAAAAAAGUUUGUUCAGUAUUUUAUCUUUCAAGUGUUACUGUUUUUGUUUUGUUUUUGCUUAAGCGUUACGCCUGUGUAACUCCUCAAGUGAAAACAAUUAGUCUAAUAGAUUAUGAGUUGAAGAUAUAAAGUUUGUAUGCAAAAAAACACAGCACCACAGGCUCCUAGAGGUCACACGUGUGUACUGCACCAGGAUGCACUCGUCACAUAUACUUACAGUGCAUUACAUCCACAGAUCCUCCUUCAGUCUAAACGAAGUCCACAUGCUUCAUAAUCCGUCACAAGAAAAGAGCAUUUGGCCCUAACUUAGCUUGGCUAGGCCAAUGCUGAAGUCAAGCUCUGUAAUUACCACAUGGUUGGGUUUCAUGGUCCGAGGGCUGCUGUCAUAGCACUAGGGUUAAGGUUAGUGAAGGAGAUUAAAAUAAACCUUAGAGUCCCCUGGGAUUGUUAUCAUACACGUGCAUGUAUACACGUACACACACACACACACACAAGGUUUCUUGUGUUGUGGCUUGUGACAGAAUAAGGCUCUUUCAUGUGCAAAUGACUGUACCCAGCAUCCAAACGGCCUCAUUUUCUUGUCCCAUUUUACCCAAGAGCUCAUGUCAACGCACACACACACACACACAGAUUAUCUUCCAUGGACUAAUGGAUCCAUCAGUGAGAUGGUUGCUUAUUGUCUGAAACCGUUGGCAAAGUGUUUUCCCCCAAUGAGCCACGUUAGAACAGUAGGACCCUAGAGUCAGACACACUAGGUAGACACCUUCGCUAGUUUUGCAACUAUGUAAAUAGACGAAAAAUCCUGUUGAAAGUCAAAUUCAGAGAAGUUUUAUUUUGACGGCUGCUGUCUCUGCACCUCGAGUAAACACCACACACGGCUGCUUCUCCUUCAGCACCAUCACAGUGUUAUGUUAUUCUGCAGCUCAAGUAAUAAAAGUGACCUUCAGACCUCA